CGUGACUUCGACGAACGACGGUGUCUCAUGUCUUGCCUGUUCCUCGUGUUAAUAAUUAAUAUUAAGUAUUUAUAUUUUAUUUUUACAAUUAAAUAUUGUGCUGUGUCAUGGAAAAUUUCACUAAUUUAUUAACUAGUACUGAGUUUGAAUUUGAUGGAAAUUCGCCAACGGAUGAUUCAGAAAUGAACGAUUUAUUAUUGAAUGACGAUUUUAUAAAUGUAUUAAUUGAACUAAAAUGCGAUUGUUUCUAUCAAGAAUUUACAGAUUUUGGUAUGAGUGUUGAGAGCCUAAAAUACACAAACAGUAAGCAUUUGGAUGAAUUGUGUCCAAAUAGUAAAUACGGUCAGAGAAUAAUUUUUGAAAACAAUUUAAUAAAUUGGCAGGCCAAGUAUAAUAUAAUUGAAAGAGAUACACCUGUAACUUGCUCAUCAGAUAGCCUUACAAGUUCUGAGGAAGAUUCUGAAUCAUUAAAAAAUUCCAGUAAUAUAAAUCUCCAGAAUAAUGAUCAUGUAAUCUAUUAGCCAUUGUCUAAUUACAUUAUUUUAGUGAUUAACUUAAACAGGUUUUCAAAACUUUAUUGAUAAAAUAUAUGUUUGUCUGUCUAUACUUUAGUUUAAUAUUGAAGAAAUUUUAAAAAAA